UUCUCCUGAUGCUCCUCACACACAGGAGGAAUCUGGUAGCCGCAGUUUUGUUGAUGCAGUUUGGGACAAGUUUAAUGAUGACAUGGUUGUAAACGACUGCAUCAACAUAUAUGUGCCAAAGAAAGGACCAGCAAGACUGACAGGUUUGUACAAUGUACAAACUGUUUAAGAUCUAGUUUGCAGAACUCUGCAACCUAGGAAGGAUAAGGUUCAUAGCCUGUAAACCAUACUUCUAAUUAGCAGUUUCAUGUCUCACUAUCUCAUUCUGUGUUUUAUAGUCUUAAUGGCAAACAAAAUCUGCAGAUUUCCAGAAUAUACUACUGUCAUUAGUUUGUUGCAAAAAUGCUUUUUUGAGUUUUUCAUGAACAUUCAUUUUUAGAAAAGCAUAGGUGAAUUGAUCUAAAUGCUAGUACUGACAUCAUUAAAGAUAACAGCCAGUGCAAGAGCAUAUUCUAAUGAUUACCAAAUCUGUAAGCCUACUUUGUGACAUAAAAAAUGAACACUUUACCUCACUCCAAAAUCGAGAUAAGGACUGAGAUGUUUAGAUUUUGCAAGGGGAAAGGGUGAUUACAUGACAUAGAUAAAAGGUAAAGGUCAUCCCCUAAUCAUUUUUAGGUCACUGGGAGUGAAGUGUUAGAGACCUCACUUUUCUCUUUACAUCUCUUCCUCACUGCCUUACCUUUCCCAACCCUUUAUGGAGUCAGGUACUUAUUCUUCAUUCCGAGAGCUGUGACACAUGAAUGUCAAAACAGGAGUACCUCUUGGUUUGAACACUAGUGUUCUAACCACUUGGCUAUCCGGUUUCCCUUCAAAUCAAAAAGGAAAAUACCAACAAAAAAAUUUUGUUAAGAGGACUGAAACUAUGAGUUAGGUCAGAUGUCUUAUCACUUAAGACUUAAUGUAAUAAGUCAAACAUAUGAAAGCUAAUAUUUUGUCAAAUGUUAGUGACAGUUUUGCAUGCAUAAAGUAUCAUGUAAUGAAAACAGUUUUUAAACAUGAGAGAUCAAAAUCAUGGAAAUAUUUAUACACAUUCAUUUGAUGCCUACUAUUUUCCAGAAACUGAUUCUAAAACUCCCAAUUAAUGUAUUUAAUUUGGUGUCUAAAAUCUCCCAUCAUUUUAAAAUUAUGGUCAGAAAGUCUCCUAGAAGUUGAAACCAAUGGUCUGACAGUGCCAAACAGUUUUAACCCAAGAUAAAAAAAACUCCUUGCAUAUUAUGGAUGAAAACAUUGAUCUCUAUAAAAGUAAUAAACUUGCUCAUUUAAAGUAAUUUUAAACUCAAUAGAACCUUUAGUUGUUAUGUAACUUUCUUUAAGGAAAGAGGAAAAUACUUUAUAAUAAGCUAUUAUUAGGUAGUCUUACAAAAAAAUUAAUGUCUGAUAUUGUCAUCAAAAGAUGAAUUGCCCACUUGACACUAAAACUAUUAAUAUUUUUCAAUCAAUACUGCUAUUUGCCUUGACCUAUCCAGCCAUGGCUACAUUUUCAGAUUAAAAUCAGUUUUGUUUAAUCAUUAGUCAAUGUUUAAAAUUGAUAAUUUGGCAAACUUAAAUGGAAGCCAGACAACUUGGCCAAGAACCAGAUCAACCAAAAAGAUUUGACCUGGAUGCAAAAACUUGCCUCUCUGUGUGCUUUUUUUUUCUUUUAUUUUUGUUUUUGCUUAGGAGAUCACAGUUUAAAAAGAAAUAAUUGUAAUUUGCAUUGACCUGUCACAGAUUCAGGGCAUUUGAUCCUGCCUCGCCAGGUACACCUGAACGCCUGUGGCAUCACAGAGGCUGGGCACCCAGCUGGCAUGACUCGCAUGUGCCAAGGAGUUAUGGAACUUGACUUAACACAAAACUGUAUAGCAUCUUGGCAGGAAAUUUUCCAAGUCAUCUGCUGCAUGCCACGCCUGACAUUUCUCAACUUAACCAGCAACCCGAUUAGUUCACCAAUUGUUGGCUCCCCCAAAAUGGUUGGUAUGAUGCAUGCAAGCAUAAGUUCCACAGCAUCCUCACUGGAUGAACUGACUGCAUCAGCUCUUUUCUCCCGUGCCCUGGCAGAGUCUCCCAACACUGCCUCUACCAACCUCAGUGACACCGAUCCCGACAUUUCUAUCAAGGGCCCCACUACCAGCAACAUUGUUGAGGUUGUGGCCCCAUUAGAUGCUUCUUCUAGCAAAGUUGCUUCAGAACAAGAGACAUCCAUAGUGCAGAGUAUUGAAACAAAUAUAUCACCAUCAGUUCAGGCACAUAGCUCAGAAACCACUGAACCCACAUUGUCAGUGGACGCCACCACAAAAGACUUAAGUGAAGACAAAACUGUUUCUGCUGCCACACAAGAUGGUGGCAGAGAUGCAGACAGAGCCAGUUGCAGUACCCCUGAAGCUUAUGACAAGAAAACUGGUUCUUUUUCUUGCUCACCCACUGAACUGCCUACUUCUUUAUGUUUUCCGAACCUGAGGCAGUUGGUGCUGAAUGACACACAGGUGGAUUGGCAGAGUAUUGUUCAACUUUUGAAAAUAUUUCCAAAUCUAGAAGAGCUACACUUGAGUUUGAACCACUACACAUCUGUUGAUCUGCUUCCUGAUCUACUGUACCCUUCUCUUGUUCGAAUUUUCUUUAAUGGCAAUAAAGUAUGCGCUUGGUCAGAAAUCAACAAACUUGGGCGAGCCUUUCCUAGUCUUCAGCAGCUGUUCUUGGCCGAAACAGAGCUGAGGACUCUGGAUGAGACAGACUGUAUGGCCGAGUCCUUUCCCUGUCUGAGCUUGCUCAGCCUUAAUAAAACUCAACUGGAAGGCUGGGACAUUCUGGAAAGGCUACGUCUUUUGCCUUCCCUUAUUGAUGUUCGGCUGCAGGGUAUACCUUUCUUAGAGUCAAUGGAGGCAAAAGAACGGCGGCAGCUUCUUGUAGCACGACUACCUAAUGUAACCCGUCUCAAUGGUAGCCCAGUUACAGAUGAGGAGCGUGAGGAUGCUGAGAGAGCCUUCAUUCGCCUUUUCAUGGACAGUGAACAAAAACCUGCCAGGUAUUAUGAACUAGAAAAAAUCUAUGGCAAGUUAGACCCCUUGGCCAAAGUGAAUCUCAAGCCACAGCGAGUCUUUAGAGUGAAGGUAGUCUUCAAUGACAGAUGUGAAGAACUGGAAGUCAAUGCAAAUCAGUCAGUCAGGGAACUUAAAAAGACAUUACAAAAUCUGGUGGGUUUGCCAGCCAGCCGAUUUUCUGUGUUUUAUGUUGACAAACAGAUAGAUAUGGGUGCUGAGAGACUGAGGUUUCCAGACAAAAAGCUCUACACUUACAAACUUACAGACGGAGACGAGUUUAUUGUAGAACCAAAAACUUAGCUUUCUUAUCAGGUGAUGUACAAUUUCCAUGUCCAUUUUUAUUUUCUACAUGCAGCAGCUUCCAUUUGUUGGAGGAUGAGCUGCUGCAAUAAUUUGCAGAUGAUUGUCAUGAAAUAAAUGGUAAAAUAUACUCAGCAUUUUGUGAUCUUCACAUUUCCAAGAAAGAAGUGUCCGUCUCAUAGUUCUCUUUCAUAUGUUGCUCUUUGUUUAUGUGUGUGUGGGUGGAUAAUAAUUGUAAGACUUUUUUGGGCUGAAUUGACUUGGGUCAUAUGCUUUUUUCCUUCUUUUGGCCUAGUUAUGAAUUGUGCUAUACAAAGCAGAGAAAAUCAAAAUGUAAGGGUAGCCUGUGGGGAAGUUGACCUCUUUGUUAGGCCAUUUGCUGCUGCUGAAGAUUCAUAAAUUACUAUCACAAAACUUUUUAACACAUUUUCCUUUGAAUGGAAUUGUAAGUAGUGUGGCUGUUUGAUGAUGAGGAAGCAGGCAACCCUCACUUUGAUGCACCAACGACUUUGAUUUUUCUGUGUCUUUGCUUAUUCAGAUCAGAGGAUGGGUUUCUUAUAGGGUCACUUGGAUAGAAAGUUGUUAUUCUAGUAACAAAUGUUAUGUCCAAGAGAAAUUAAUUUAGCAGGCCAUUUGUUAAAGGUCCAACAACUAUUUUUACUUUUGGUAAUAAAAGUGUAUGUCAUGUGCAAAGCAGUCAAAAAUAAAUUAUAAUCAUAAACAUUGAACGCAGAAAAGCAUCCUAGCAUGUGCUAUACAAACAAGCUCUGAAACAGAUUGGCUUACAUUUUCACACAAGUUGGUGGCAUUGACAGCAAUAAUUUUUUUUUCAUUUGAGGUGUGAUGUUGAUCAUCAGCUGAGACAUCUGAAGUACAUUCUUUUAUUUCUGUCUUAGCCUCAACAUAACUAUGUUAAACCACACUCAUAUAUUUGUCACCAGUUUAUAUUUCAUUAUUGGUUACUGGGACCGCUUUUUAAAAGGACAAUAUUACUUUUAACAGGCUUUUUUCCAACAAUUAUGAUCCCAUUUUAGGAAACAAAUGAUUGGACAUAAUGUCUCAUAGUAAAACUUAUGUAAUUCUAAUUUCCUGACUUGGCAUUUGGGUGUCAUAUUUUUUUUUAAACAUCAACUCUGUUUUUUGGAUUUAACUAAGAUCAACAGUGCUGUACAUGAAUGUUUUGAGAAGAAAGGGAGAUUACCUGCAGUCAAAAAAAAAAUACAUGAUUAUUCCAAAGGUAAAUGCAUAUUUAAUUUGUGGUAAUGAAGUGCUUUUUUUUCAAUGCUGCCACAUAUUUGUACACACAGGGAGUUGUUUACUAACAGAACGUUUAGUCUUUUCUUUGUUUAUGAUGUGUUAUGUUUAUUUUAACCAGAAGGUUGCUGGUAAUUUUGGUGUGAUGGUCUCAUAUUUAUUCAGACUAAAGAUGUUUUGGCUUGUUACUUAUGCUUUUAAGUUAUUCAAAUUUUCAGAGUGAUUUCUGAAGGUGAUGUGUGAAAGAUUGAGGGUCAAAUUAUUUUGGAAGUGCAGUUGUACUUGGUACCUUUGACUUCUGUAUUUUUGAACUAUAAUUGGUUUGAUUAACUACAGUACACAAAUCAUUGGUUGAAACUUUUUCCAGCUCUGCCAGCCAUCAAAACUUUAGUUCAUACAUUACUUUGCAAAAUACAUUAUUUAAAUCAGGAUUUAUAUCUGAAUUCUUUUUGUUAAUUCGCAUGACUACUUGCUGGUCUUGGUUUGCUUGUGCUGAUGCUACAUAUUAAUAAUUAUUGCUUUCUCCCACCCACUGAAGACAAAAACAGCUCAGCUUACAGGUUUCAUGUCUUCUUCAUCCACUGAAAAUCACGCACCCAGCUAUAAAAAUCUGCAUUGAUAAAUUUCCAAUGUGUCAUAUGCAUUUAAUCCAAGGUUUCCCCUACAUAAAAAUCCCCUUAUAAUUUUGAUCUGGCAGUUAUGUGUGUGUUUUUGUUUUUAAAUUGCAGGAAUGUGUAUGUUUGUAUAUGAUUAUUAAAGAUGCUGCUUUGCACUACAUUUA